UCGGCUCCAAUUCAAAGGCUCAAUCCAUCCAUGCCGCCGUCGGACUCUGCUGUCCUGUCGCGGCAUUGUCGGCAAUGAGAUGGUCAUGGACGAGUAGCUGUCUCCUCCACAGGGGGCCAGGUAGUCACGUGGAAACGUACACGUUUUGCGGCACACGGAGGGGUUUGGGUGUGCGAUUCGGUUUGCGGCGAGGCCGAGGCACGUGGUCAUUGGUUCGUUCCUGAAAGGCACAUCCUCUGUUCACCUCUGCCAUAGCUUUACUUCACCGGAAUGCCAGGGGGUUUCAACGAAGAUCUGUUAGGUCUGUGUGCGGCAUUCCGAGCACGGCAUCGGGAGCCGUUGUUGUCGCACGGGGUUCACAUGCCAGGUCACCGUUGUUGCCGCACACGUAUCGUGGCAAUCAAACUGCUCAAAGCUGAUGAGCUUUGAGAGACGUCAUCCUGCAGUGAGGUCCCCGGUCAUGAGCUUUGAGCAACGGUAGCAUCCAGUGAUGGUGGGAGCAUAAGUUCAGUUUCGUCACGCUCAGUUCACUCCAAUCUGGUGGGCGGCCGUGUGCGACAUCAUCAGCACAUUAGUCAUUCACCGGCUCUUCGCUCGUCACUGACGUGGGCUCCCUCUAUUCCAUCCGUAGUCCCCGUGCCAGCAGGCUUUCUUUGCCUGCCUUUGGUCAAGGCCUUGAAUCGGGGGAAGAGGGCGGUGAACAAGGUCGUCCCGUAACACAAGGGAAGCAGUGUUCUGGUGUUACGACAGCAAUCCUCUUUCUCUCUCUCUCUGUCUCUCUCUCUCUCUCUUUUGUGGGCAGUUGAGAAGGAAAAGCACGGCGAGGAAUGAACGGCUCAUGCCCUGUUGAUAUGGAGUGUGCGGAGGAACUAAAGCAGGUCGCGAACUUAGCGUUCAAUGAACGUAAAUUCCAGCAGGCGAUCGACUUGUACACUCAGGCAAUCGAAGCGAAUCCCAAGUGUGCUGUGUACUAUGCUAACAGGGCAUUUGCACACACAAAGCUUGAAGAAUAUGGAAGUGCAGUUGAGGAUUCUACAACAGCGAUUGAGCUUGACCGCAAGUAUGUCAAGGGUUACUACAGGCGUGGAACUGCAUAUCUGUUGAUGGGCAAGUUUAAAGAGGCCCUCAAGGACUUUCGACAGGUUGUCAGAAUUAGACCCAAUGAUCCUGACGCGAAGAGGCAGUGUAGGGAAUGUGAGAAGGCUGUACAGAAAAUACGGUUUGAAGAAGCGAUAUGGAGGGAAGACACCGUACGACGCGCUGUUUCGGAGACAAUCGACAUCUCUGCAAUGGGAAUGUACCUUAGUCGUGGAAAUCACGAAACCAAGGGCAUGAAUAAAAUCUACGGUUUUGACGGAGAAGUGAAAGCGAAAUUUGAUGCGACGAUGUCAGAUCUUUUCCAGGAGGUGUUCUGUGCGUUGCCUUUGGCAAAUGUGCUGAACGGAAAGGUGAUCGUUGUUCAUGGAGGACUCUUCAGCCAGGAUGGAGUGACACUGCAGGACAUCAGGAACAUUGACCGAUUUACAGAGCCGCCAGACGAAGAGGUUGAUGACUCGUAUACCGGACCAAGGCUGGAAGGCGAGGAAGUUACUCUGGAGUUUGUAAAGACGAUGAUGGAAGAGUUCAGAAAACAAAAGUCUCUCCAUAAGAGAUAUGCUUAUCAAAUUCUUCUUCGGGUGAAUGAGAUCUCGAAAGCAACGCCAACUCUCGUUGACAUAACUGUCCCAGAAGGCAGUCACAUUACAGUUUGUGGGGAUAUCCAUGGACAGUACUAUGAUCUCCUGAACAUCUUCGAAAUGAAUGGUCUUCCCUCUGAUGAGAAUCCAUACCUGUUCAAUGGAGACUUUGUGGACCGAGGGUCAUUUUCGGUGGAGGUCAUCUUCACAUUGUUUGCUUUCAAAUGCUUGUAUCCAAAUGGACUGAUGUGUGAGCUCUUAUGGAGCGAUCCUCAACCCGAUAAUGGCAGGAGCCCAAGCAAAAGGGGAGUUGGUGUGGCAUUUGGACCUGAUGUGACCUCCCGGUUCUUGCAGGAGAACAAUCUGGAGUUAAUUGUGAGGUCACAUGAAGUCAGGGAGGAGGGCUGCCAGUUAGAGCACAAUGGCAAGCUAAUUACAGUGUUUUCAGCGCCAAAUUACUGUGACCAGAUGGGCAAUCUGGGAGCGUAUAUUCGAUUCGAGUCUGACAUGGUUCCGAAGUUUACGAAGUUCAAGGCAGUGCCACAUCCGAACGUGAAGCCGAUGCAGUACGCAACAAAUUUCAUGAAUUUUCUUGUCUAGAGGGGAAGGCCCUUCAAUUUUGCCGUCAUUGCAUGAGGGGGUGGCUUGGCCAGGAGAAUGUGCGCGACAGUCGCCGCUUCCGUUCUCCGCUCGGGGAGUUGUGCUUCAGGCAUGUUCGUUGCUCGUAAUGGUUGUGCCCUUUGCUCUAUUGAUUGUUGUAUCUCUUUCGCAAUUCUUUUAGACAUGGUCGAUGCAGAGAAACGUGGGCAUCGAUUUAUAUGUCACAAUGAGUAGGAAGCAAUUUUGUGUGUCUCUGUGUAUCUUGUGUGCGUGUCCAAUUUACGCGCUUGUUGGAAUCUUCUCCGUCUUAUGCCCGUCGACUUGAUGGAUAGCGUUUUACGCAACCGGUGGGCUGGCUCCAAAUUCUCACCGAUUCCACUCAAGAGCCAGCUGUGUUGAUUAUUGAAUAGAUCACGGAUGGGUUUUUGAUUAUGGUUAUUACUUCAUUGCGAGUGGUAGUAUGGAUAUGGAAAGGCGACCCAUCGAGUUGAGCUAGCGGCGCGGCGCAUGACAAGAAGAGAAGUCCUUUGUAAUAUGGUUACCUCUCCUCUCCUGUCCUUUCAUGCAGUACUGAUGCGACGAGUAUAUAGCUUUUGCUUGCACACACGCGACGAGUAUAUAGCUUUUGGCACCACUUUUGCUUGCACACACGUUUGCACGAGUGCUUUGUGCUCGUUCAUGCUAUUCUUGUCGCGCGGUUGAUCUCAAUGCUGUGAGUUCAUGGUCACCUUAUCAGUGUAACCGGGGCCUAGUGUGGGGUAGAAAGAGCCUCCAGGAUCCGGAUGAAAAUUGCAUCCAUUGGUGUUCCAUUCAAAAGUCAUCAAGGAUUAUAUCUGUAUGAUAUUUCUCAAUUGCCUCUCUCUCUCUCUCUCUCCCUUCUUUCUCUCUCUCUCUCUCUCUCUCUCUCUCUCUCGCUCUCGCUCUCGCUCUUGCUGUUGGUAUCGAUGCCGGUGUUAGUUCCAUUUCUGAUCGCUGUUAUUGUUUUAUGUCUGGUUUGUUUUGUGGAAAUCUGGACGGCACAAAGCAAUAAGCAGUCUGUGGUUGCUAGGCCGAUAGCAGUAGAGGGGCACUGGCUGAAGGAAUUUUGCAGUUUGCCUUGAAGAAUGUGUAGGAGUAGACGGUUUUGGUGGAUUUACAUGCUGCAUCUUUUGUACUAAUAAGAUGUGGUUUAUGUAGUGGUUCCAUGUUUUGCUCAUAACUUGAGGGGGGUUUCAUUACAGGCAUGCUUUCCACUUCUGGUGGUUGUGUGUGCUGGUUGUGUGCUUCAGCCAGAACGUUGUACACUCAGAUGAGAUGGCUGACUAGGAACAGCUACAUUGUGUGUCAGUCGUUCGGGUGGAGAUAUCAAAUUGUGUUUACCUUUUCCAACUUACCCAGUUUUGAAUAGUGUGCAGUGGAGCGAAGUGCUUUGAAAU